AUGGAUUCCCUCAUAUAUGAUUUCAAGACGGCGUUUACCGGUAUGAAGGGUGAUCAACUUGCCGAGACCCUUCAUCCAGAUGUACAUACCUACCCCAACAAGCUAUUAGCUGUCUGGGGUCGUGGGGAUCUUCGAGAUGUCACGGCCGACCUCAACUUCUUAUUUUACCAAGAUCCCUCCCGCCCAAGACUAUCCCAGGAAGAGACAACUGGCUGGUUUGAGAUCUACCUUGCCUAUUGGAAGGCUGUAGGAGAGAUUCUUGCCGUCGAGGGUCUACGCAAAGAUGCCAAGUCAUCAAAGUCGUCGCGAACGACAGUUUAUCAAUCAUGGAAGGAUCUCACGCUGCAGGUCAUCCGUGGCUACACUCACUAUGAGUUCGAAAACUGGACAAUUCCAUGCUUGUAUGUUGCGGGGAGGUACCUAAGAAUAUUCGCCAUACAAGCCGACGAGGAGAGAAGAAGUGGUGGUGAAGACACUGCUGAGACCGUUAUGCAAGACGAUUUUGAUCUAGAGGCUGAAGAGAAUAAAUAUCUUGAGGAUUGCACGAGACAUCUCAACAGAAUCUUUCAGACCUGCCUCAACGACAGAGCACCGCUAGAAGAGUCGCGCAAAUGGGGAAUCUACUAUGCAAUCAAUCUCCUCUUUAAGAGUUACUUCAAGUUAAACUCGGCAGCCUUAUCCAAGAAUGUCCUGAGAGCCAUUCAGGCGGGCCGAGGCGACAUGCCUACCCUUGACAAGUUCCCCAAAUCCCAGCAGGUUACUUUCAAGUAUUAUGAGGGAGUAUUGGCGUUUCUUGAGGAAAACUAUGUGCAGGCGGAACAGCACCUCACUACAGCUUGGCUGAUGUGCCACAAAGAUGCGAAGCAUAACCUCGAGCUAAUAUUAACCUACUUGAUUCCAUGUCACCUUUUGACCACUCAUACACUUCCCAGUCCCAAGCUGCUUGAGUCAUUUCCACGGCUACAGCGGCUAUUCUUACCGUUGGGUGAGGCGAUUAAGAAGGGAGAUCUCAGUGCUUUUGAUAUUGCACUACGACAUGGUGAGGACGAAUUCAUCAAGCGGCGCAUCUACCUAACUCUAGAGCGUGGUCGCGAUAUCGCGUUGAGAAAUCUGCUGCGGAAAGUGUUCAUCGCGGGAGGCUUCGAAGAUGGUAAAGAUGGUUCGCCGCCUGUUCGCCGCACAAGAAUACCGGUGGCUGAAUAUGCGGCUGCCAUAAGAAUCAGUAGUGGAGAAGAAAUUGAUACCGAUGAGGUGGAAUGCCUUUUGGCAAACAUGAUCUACAAGAAUCUAAUGAAGGGAUAUAUCGCCCACGAGCGCGGUAUUGUCGUGCUGAGCAAGAAUGGCGCCUUCCCUGGGACGAAGGUCUGAGUCUGUGGACUCGGUGGGAGUAUAAAAUGCAUACGAUCAAAUAUCGCAAAGCGGCGAGUAUCCAGACCUAUUAGGUAUUAGACAUUUAUCGGGAAGUUUUGAAAGCACAUCAAGAAGGGCACGAGCAUUAAGUACCAUGGUAAUGCCCAGCAUCAAGAAUGCGGCUGACAUUGGGAUAGGUGUGGGGAAGGCACCUGCGUUAGAUCCCGUCAUGCAUCCUCCGCCUUGAUUCAAAUAGUUUAUUAUGGCACUAAUCAAAAUCCAAAGAGAUACCUAGUAUCCAUCUUGGCUUUUUUUGAGGUUUAAAGUAAGGUUAGAUGGUUAUAACGAGAAGCCCCGUCUUUUUCAUGGAGAUGGUAAUCGCAACUCUCAUUCCUGAGCUAGUAGGAGGUCUCAACCGAACGUUUCUCCUUUUUGAGGGGUGGGGGUUUUGUGCAAGGAUAUGAAGCUUAGAGGGAUGACUCCUAUUAAUACUUAAUGAAUAUUGUAUCACAUAUCAUUUUCAUUGGCAAAAAAAGAAGGUA